AUGAAAAAUAAAAUUUGUGAUGAUUUCUAUGAACGAACGGGGUUUUCAGAGCAGGGCAAUAUCCCAACUGCGUCAGUGUGUGGGUACGCGCCAUACUCCUCCAUCAAGUGUCAGUGGGACGACGGCAUGGCGCUCGUGUCCAACGCCACCAAUGGAGUCUUCACUCUGAUGGGGCUUAGUAUCCACGGCCCCGGGUGCACGGCGCCGGCGCGGUACAUCGCUCUGUCCCCCUACGUGAGCUGGCUGCGCCUGGUGACCGGCUCCGACGCGGACUCGCCGCGGCCGCCGCAGCCCGACCAGCCCGCCUACAUCCCCGCACACAAACUCUUCAGAUCAAACCAAACUCGACGAAAAGGCGUGGAAUACUAUGUUCUUGGUCACGAUUUUAUUCCUCAUCUCUCACUUAGAGGGUUACCGCUGGAUCACUACUAUAUUAAGCCUGUCGAACGAGAUAACAAAACCCUAGCUAUAUAUCCAAUUGAAGAAAAGUUCGAGAUAUCUCAUGAUGACUGCAACAAGAGACGAAUGCUAAUGUACCGCGAGGAGUUUCGUCUCGACGCCCCCGGGACACAAGGAAACAUCACUUAUAAGUUGUCCCUGUACGAUUUGAAAAACUUGGUCUGCAAAUGUGUUACAUUGAAUGUAAUUUGUCAAGAGCGAUCCUACGCGUACCUCUCGUUUAGAGAAGAGUUCGACUUCGUAUCGGGAACUGAAGAUCUUCAAACAAUUGACUUCAACGUAUAUACGUACGGAUCAGUGCCCAUUCGUACCGCGCCACCAGGCAAAAACGACAAAACUAAAAAGAAAACGGACGAUUUAUCAAACUAUUACCCUAAAUUCAUCACAUUCGAUACCAAAAAAGGAACCGUACUAUCUAACGAGUUGUAUCUAACGUUUACAUAUAAUGGGAAAGCCAGACUUAUCUUCAAAAUGUUUGGCGCUCCGAUUGAAAUGACCCCUUAUGAUUUGGAUACGACGCCGCGACCUGUGCGGAGAUACCUGGAGGAAGUUGAAGGAGAACAUUCCUGGGUCACUGCUCCAGACGUGAUGCACCGAGGAGUCGCAGACACAUUGGUGGCCGACGUGCACGAGCCGGUGAGUGCGGGACGCCGCCUCGCGACAACUCCACUGAGUGUGACUGUACUGUGCUUGCUCACCAUCACUUUAUCUUUGAACACAUUGUUAUACUUACGGUAG